CUGAUCUACAACAACUGGUCUCCGUGUCGUCAGUUUCUUCUUCAAACUCUGUUUACUCGGUCUUAUUAUAAUCUGCAUUAUACAUAUAUAACUCUCCCCAAAUCAUACCCAUCUUUAAUCUCCCCUAAUCCUUCGACCCUAUUGAGGGAUUUCAUCAGGCCCUGACCAACACAAUAAAAAUCACAUCUUUAUUCUUAAAAAUCAAAUCUUUACAAGAAUUAUGGGGAAAGGAGGUGCCAUCUCUCAAGGGGUGCUCAAGAAAAUCUUGCUUUCAUACACCUAUGUUGCUGUCUGGAUCUUCCUCAGCUUCUCUGUAAUUGUCUAUAACAAGUACAUCUUGGAUCGAAAGCUCUACAAUUGGCCUUACCCCAUCUCACUUACUAUGAUUCACAUGGCCUUUUGCUCUUCACUUGCUUUUGUUCUUGUUAAGUUCUUUAAGGUUGUUGAGCCUGUGACUAUGUCUAAGGAUCUUUAUUUGAAGUCUGUGGUGCCUAUUGGUUUGCUUUAUGCUUUGAGUCUUUGGUUGUCUAAUUCUGCUUAUAUUUAUUUGUCUGUUUCGUUUAUACAAAUGUUGAAGGCUCUGAUGCCUGUGGCUGUUUAUUCGAUUGGGGUUAUGUUUAAGAAGGAAUCGUUCAAGUCGGAUACUAUGGUGAAUAUGGUUUCUAUUAGUUUUGGUGUGGGGAUUGCGGCUUAUGGCGAGGCUAAGUUUGAUGUUUUUGGGGUGGUUUUGCAAUUAGGGGCUGUGGCAUUUGAGGCUACGAGGUUGGUUUUGAUACAAAUUUUGUUGAAUGCCAAGGGGAUUAAGUUGAAUCCGAUUACUUCGUUGUAUUAUGUUGCCCCUUGUUGCUUGGUGUUUUUGUCGGUUCCUUGGUUUAUUGUGGAGUUACCUGUGUUGAUGGCGACUUCGAGUUUUCAUUUUGAUUUCUUGGUUUUUGGGACGAAUUCUGUCUGUGCGUUUGCGUUGAAUUUAGCUGUGUUUUUGCUUGUUGGGAAGACUUCGGCUUUGACUAUGAAUGUGGCUGGGGUGGUUAAAGAUUGGUUGUUGAUUGCGUUUUCUUGGUCUGUGAUUAAGGAUACGGUGACAGGGAUUAAUUUGGUAGGAUACGGAUUGGCUUUCCUGGGUGUUGCAUAUUAUAAUCACGCAAAAUUGCAGGACAUGAAGGCAAAUGAAGCGCAGAAGAAAGAACAGCAGACUGAUGAGGAGGCUGGGCGGUUGUUGGAAGAGAGAGGGAAAGAUGCAGAAGGUAAGAAUGAGUCUGAUAAAUGAAUACAAAAAAUAGAACCACGUACGUAAUGCAGAGCCAAAUGGUGAGUGAGGAUGAGUAAAUGUGGAAUUUAGAUCUCAAGGUCCUUUGUCAGUUGGCAUUUGUUAUGUAGGAGUUCUAAUUGUAGUUUUUUAAUCUGUCAUUUGGAUGUUAUCUAAACGCCUGAGGGACUCCAGGCUUAUUACUUGAUAAUUUCUCUCCUCACUGGACCUAAAUUUUUUAUCCCAUAGCUUCUUCUUUAUUGUU